CACUUAUAGCCAACUGUAAAUCCCAUUAUUCUGUCAAUCUUCAUAUAUGUCAUAGUUUUUACAGCAACAUAAUGUACACUAAUCACAUUCUCAAUUAUUUACAAGGCUGUGAUGAAGACGAAGUAAUAGAAGAUACUGUAGCCCAAUGGGAGCUAGACCAACAAGACAGGUACCAAGAUCUCAUAAGUUUCGUUGACGAAUUCAUACAAUCCGAGGAAUACGAAAAUUAUUUGGCUACCAAAAGGAACAUAGCUAAAAUUGAUGCUGCUACCAAUUAUUCCAAAAGCGACUUCGCUAAACAGUACGAUGCAAAAAUAGAAAUAGAAAAAGAUUAUCCAUUUACUGUUUAUUCUAAAAAGAUGUUCGCUUUUAUCAGGAGAUUUAGAGAGUAUGUUAAUAAUGAGAAACAUUUAGAAAUCUUCCUCAGGCAAAUGAGAGGAAUACGGAUAAUAAAAGAUAAAAUCGAAGAAUUCAAGAAAUACACUAUUCUAUACGCCGAAGAUAUCAGAAAACGAAAAGUGAAAGUAUUCGACGACCUCUUGAACGAAUUUUGCGAAACGUUUCACGUCGAUUGGUCGAAAAUCGAAUCGAAAAACAGAAAGACGAAAGAAAGAAUAGCUUCUUUUUGCGUAAUGCUACGAACCAGAUACAUAAACAGAAAAAAUAAAUACGCUCGUAUCGCAAAAAUGAUAACGAAAGAAAUCAGAAAUGACAAACGCGCUAAAUUAGGAACGUUGUACAAGAUUGAAAAGAAUGAGUGGACUGUUAAUGAUUUAGAAAUAGUAGGAGUAGCAUUUAAGGACCAGAAACCAAAAACUCAGCCUUUCAAAUUAGAGCAACUCAAUUUAAAAGAAAAGAGCUGCGAUUGGUCAUGGUUAUCCAGUACGGCAAUGUUUAAGAAGCAAACUAGCGAAGCAUCAGCUCAUUCAGAUCACAGUACUUUUCCCAAAAAUGAAAAAUAUAAAAAUCUAAAGAACAAAAAGGAAAGAGAAGAAACAAUAGUACCGAUUCCUCGUAUUAAGAAUUUCAGAAAGAAACUAUCGACAAUGGAGGGUAUCAAAAAUAUGUCCGAUUUAAUAAAAGAAUUCCAGAAGUUCGAUGAAAUCAUGGAGAUGCACUAUUUGGCUUGCGCUCCUAAGAAAGUGCAAGAAUACGCAUUAGACGAAUGCUUUUUGUGCAAACCAGAAAUUAUAAUGUUUAAUAAUUACGAAGCUGGCAAAACCUACAAAAGGACACUAAAAAUCCAAAAUGUCUCAUACGAAACCAGAAAAUUUAGACAUUCUAAUAUAACCACCGAAGAUGCUUACGAUGCUCUAUUAUUCAGACUUACGCCCUUGAUAGGAAUUCAAAAAGUAGCAACCGGGCAAUCGGUGACCAUGCAUCUUAUCUUUACACCGGAAAUUGACGCUUUUAUUUUAGACGCGACGUUAGAAUUUCUUUCUUUCGAUAAAGAGACUCAAAGUCACCAGAAGUUCUUCGUCGAUGUCAAAUGCGUGCCCAAGAUGAUAGAGUUUACGAUCAGCUCGAAUGAUAUUUAUUUCGGACAGGUUCCUUUAUGGCAAAAAAAAUCAGGAUUUAAAACAAUAACACUAUCAAAUAACGGACACGUACCGUGCAGGGCAAUUAUAAAAAAAAUUAAAGAUCCUCUGAAUCUAGAAGAGGAUACGCAAGACGAUGUUACCAGUUACAGCAGUACGGAACAAGCUUUGAUCAUAAUUCAAGAAAUAUUAGAAGAAUUGUUCGACAAUCUCUCGAACCAUUUCGAAUUCGACAGCACUUGCAUUAACUUGCCGAAAACGACUUCCAGGAUUCUGAGGAUUCAGAUGAAGAACUUCGCAUAUUUGGGAGACUAUAUAGAAAAAUACAUUGUGGAAGUGUACGAUUAUGAACAUAAUUUCAUUGGAAAUCACGAAAUCGUUCUUCACGGUGAAGUAAUCGGCCAUUUCAUACGCACGAGGCCAGAGGAAAUAGAUUUCGAAUUUUGCAUGUACAACUCUGUGUACCAGGUUCCUCUGGAGAUAGAGAACACAUCAACCAGUACUCAAGCUAUAGCUAUUAAAUUCCCGUCAGCUUUGACCGAACAUUUCAGAUCUAACGUCGCCAACGUAUUCCUAUCGCCUGGUUGUUUCAGAACUGUUUGGGUCAAACUGUUUCCGAGAAAAACAAUUCUUAAAUGUCCUUAUUACAAACCCGAAUUAUCAAUAUUGGAAUUCCCUGUGUACAUUUGCAUCUUGACCAAUAAUUACGCAGACGUUGCUCCAGUUAAAAUUAUGGCCUACGCUAUCAUAACUUCUUCGAAUAUUCUCGAUAUUAUUCCCAACAACAAGAAAUUUACGAGGUAUUGCUCAGACGGUAUAUUUUUGAAUCUUGGACAUUGUACAGUGAAUGAAACUGUCACUACUGAUAUUGUUUUGGAGAAUAAUUCGUUAGCGCCACAGGUUUAUGGAUUUGUAGAUUUACCAAAGUGCUUAACCAUUAUACCUAACUACGGUUUUGGAUCGAUUCCAUCUGGUACGAAGAAAACAUUAAGUCUACAUUUCCACCCGGACUCUCAGGAUCUUUUAAAAAAGUUCAAUGAAGAAAAGUGCAAAGAUUUCAAUAUGAAAUUCAAAAUCACCGUUGACACAUUAUGCAACAUUCGUCAGACAAUUAAGAAAGUGGAUGCCAAGAAACUCCGCAAAACUAUAUCCUUAAUGAUCAAUGAGUUAAGAAAACCAGAAAAUAGGCAAUUACAACAAGACAUUCGCUAUUGUCAGCAAACUAUUAAAAUAGUAUUAUUUCCAAGUACAGAAUAUGCGUCUCCUUGGGAUGCAGAAGAAAUAGAAAUGCCCGAGCAAGAUAAAACAAAUAUUGACGUCGUCGCCGUAGAAGAAGAAUACUGCGAAGACGGCGAGAGAUACAAUCACUCCACUGAAGCCAACGCAACAGGCUUGACCUACACUAACAUCACUUUGGAAGCAAAGGUGGUCAAACCAUUGAUUGAAGUGUCCGCUCAAUACAUCGUACUUCCCGACACACCCUGUAGUUCCUAUUCGGUCAUCGAUUUUGAGAUCAAGGCGCUUCGUAUGGAAUUUAAUGAAGAAACUCCAUGUUUAAAGAACAAGGACCUCAAGUUACCGAAAUAUGAGGCUUGGUACAAGAUCACCGGCGAUAAUAAACAGAUAAGGGUAGAACCCAGUUGUGGAAUUUUGAAAAACGGCGAUUCAAAAAAAGUUUUUCUAAUUUUCAAACCAACGCCGCCCGAUGACCUUGUUGCGGAAAUCGCAAAAUCCAUUAAGUACGCCGAAAUUUAUAGAAUGCGUAUGGAAGAAUUCGAGGAAAUUAAAAAAGUUGAUGUAAAAACAAAAACAAAAGAUAAAAAGAACACAAAAAUUCUCAAAAAGGGUAGAAGAACAUCAAAAGCUUCGUCGCUCUCAACUAGCCAACACUCUAGGAUCAUUUCUAAAGAUAAAGAUCUAGAAAAUUUGCCGAAAAUAGUAAUAACAGAAUCCGAACUGGUUCUGUCACCUCAAGACUAUUUUCCGGCGGAAAUGUGCUAUUGGAGGAGUUUACAACCCUAUACUAUCAGUUCGAAAUUAACCUGUAUCAUAAGCUACGAAAGUAAAUGUAUGUCCAGAAAAAAGGAACGAAUCUAUUUGAAUGUGGUUUGCAAAGUAGUCAGACCCGAUUUUAUAUUAAUUGAUAUGAAGUCGCAACGCUUGAAUUUUGGAAAUGUCAUUGUCGGUACGAGGGGUAUACAAUAUGUUAUGUUGCAAAAUAUAAAAUAUGAUCCAAUAACGAUAAAAGUAAGCACUCUAAACCCAAUCGGCCCUUUCAGAAUUCCAUACAUAAAAAGUUACGAAAUUCCCCCUGAAUGUUAUUUGAAGUUACCGAUUUAUUUUGAACCAACGGAUGUGGAUAAACAGAUCGAAGAAUAUCUAGAAAUAAGUUCUGGAAGCACCGUGGUACCGCUGAUAAUUAAAGGUGCUGGAAUCCCUUGUGGAUUAUUGUUUACUCCUGAAUUUACAGUAUGUCGGCUUACCGAAGCUACUAUAAAAUAUUGCGAUGAGUGCUCCAUUAAGCUUGAAAAUACUAGCGAAGGACCGCUCAACGUCACCAUCGAGAAGUUGUUUGAAAUAGAAGGAGUUCUUAAACGUAAUGAAUUUGAGGAUUUAUAUAAGGAACUGUGUGACAAAAAGAGCAAUGUUGUAAAAGAUAAAAAAGUUAAAGGCCCAGAAUCGCCGCUUAAAUUUUCGAACGAACUUGUCGAAACCGAAGUAAAUCUAUUCGGCCAGUUUGAUCGCAGCAUAGUUCAGCACUUUGACAUCUUAACUGAAUCGGACAAAAUUAUACUGGAGCCAAACGCAUUUGCAACAGUCAUUAUUGGAUUCGGUUUGGAAAGCGGUCUGAACCAGAGAAAAGAAGAAAUCAAACAUAAAAGACUUGUUGGGAGAAUUAGAGGCAUUUCUAAGUUCAAUACUGGAGAUAACACGUAUUACGUGGCGAAGUACAAUUGCAAAAUCGGAAAUAUUUUUAUCAAAGAUUUUAUUUUUGUAGGUUG